UUUGACUUUCUGUCCUCCUCACACAUCGUGUACUUCUUUCUUACUUCUCACCAUGAAACUUCUUGGAGCUCUGAUCCUGGUUUUGAGUUUGUCUGCAGCAUGUGGAUUACAAUGCUACGUAUGUUUAUUCUCUGACUCUCCGUCCUGCACUGAGAUCUUCACUUGUCCUGCUGGUAUGGAUCGAUGUUUCAGCGUUACUAUAAAUGGUACUGUCUCUAAGAGCUGCAUAAACAGUGCCUCAUGUGUCAGUCCUAUGAGCUGCUGUGAAGGGAACUUGUGCAACAGUGCUAUACCAACUGAACCCAGUGCUAUACCAACUGGUCCCAGUGCUAUACCAACUGGUCCCAGUGCUAUACCAACUGGACCCAGUGCUAUACCAACUGGUCCCAGUGCUAUACCAACUGGUCCCAGUGCUAUACCAACUGGACCCAGUGCUAUGCUCCUGCUGGUGUCUUCAGCCAUAAUCACCAUCUUCCUCUGAAGCUCUGGAACAACUACAUCUUAAUCAUGUUUUACUUUGUUCUUAACCAAAAUCUACAAUCCAGGAAUAAUUAACAAUGUAAAAGAUUUUA